AUGAAACGAUUUCUGCUCCGGAAAGGGCUGUAUGUAAUCAACGGCGUCCGUAUGGCUGGCUUGAUGCUGCGGGCUGUUCAGGCCGCCGACCCGGCUCUCAUGACAAGCUGCCGGUUACAGCUCGUGGCUGCUUUGGGGGAAAUACCGACGAAGUUUUCGAAACCUCGCCCUUUGGCUUUCGGGUGGCGGCACGGCCGCCCUCGGCCCCUCCGCCGGUGCACGGCUCAGCUGCCACCGAGGCGCUCCACGGCAGCUUGGGGAAGCGCACCGGGCUCGUCAACCGCGCUCCCCCGUCACUCGGAGCCCACCCCGGCGGGGUGUUUAUCGUCAGUUACAUUUAAAACGUCUUUCGGGGAGAGGGGAGCGCGGCCCGCCGGUCGGAGGCAGCCGUGCCUGACGGCCGCCGGCGGGCGGCUCGACGUCCCUGCGGCUGCCGCAGCGCUGACUGGAAAGCCGGCGGGCGGCUGCGGCCUCGCUCCCCUCCUCGCCAAGCCGGGGGAAACCUCCCUCCGCCGCCCUCGGCCCUUCCCCGCCAGGGAAGCGAGCGGCGGGGGCGGAACCGCCGCGAAAUGGCCGCCGCCUCCCCGGCCCGCGGCCCGCCCUCCGCGGCCGUCACUGCCGGCCGCCGCCCCGCCUCGGUCAGGCCGCCGGCAGCCGGGCGAGCCGCCCUCCUUCUUCCCCGGCUCCCCUCCGGCCCCGGCAUGCGGCGCGGCGGCUGAGGCGGCGGCGGCGGCGGCGGCGGGCAGAUUCCCCCCCUCCGAGGCCAUGUUCCCCCGUCCCGCCUUCCCCGGGGAGGUGAGGCGGGCGGCCGCCUCGGGCCGCAGCCGCUCCCGGCCUCGGGGCGGCGGCGGCGGCGGCGGCACCGUGCUGCUGCCCUCCAUGCUGAUGUUCGGCGUGAUCCUGGCCUCCAGCGGGCUGCUCCUCAUGAUCGAGAAGGGUAUCCUGGCCGAGGUGAAGCCGCCGCCGCUGCACCCGGCGGCGGGGGAGCUCUCCCGGCGAGGCGGCGGCGGCGAGGAGGAGGAGGCCGGCGGCGAGCUGGAGUACGAGGUGCUGCGGGACAUCCGCAACCGCACCAUCCGCGCCGUCUGCGGGCAGCGGGCCAUGCCCCGCAGCGUCUGGGAGCUGCCGGCCGGUCAGCGCCGGACGGUCCUCCGGCACCUCCUGGUCAGCGACAAGUACCGCUUCUUGUACUGCUACGUGCCCAAGGUGGCCUGCUCCAACUGGAAGCGCAUCCUGAAGGUGCUGGACGGGGCGCUGGAGAGCGUCGACGUCAAGCUGAAGAUGGACCACAAGAGCGACCUGGUGUUCCUGGGCGACAUGAAGCCGGACGAGAUCAGCUACCGCCUGAAGAACUACUACAAGUUCGUCUUCGUGCGCAACCCCAUGGAGAGGCUGCUGUCGGCCUACAGGAAUAAAUUUGGGGAGAUCAAGGAGUACCAGCAGAAGUACGGGGUGGAGAUCGUCAGGCGGUACCGGAAGAACGGGGGCAACUCGGCGGGCGACGACGUGACCUUCUCCGAGUUUCUGCGGUACCUGCUGGACGAGGAGGCGGAGCGGAUGAAUGAGCACUGGAUGCCCAUCUACAACCUGUGCCAGCCCUGCGCCGUCAGGUACGACUUCAUCGGCUCCUACGAGCGGCUGAACGCGGACGCCAACUACGUCCUCGAGCGGGUCCGGUCGCCCUCCUUCGUCCGCUUCCCCGAGCGGCAGUCGUGGUACAAGCCCGUGACGGCAGAAACGCUCCAUUACUACCUGUGCAACACCCAGCGCCGCCUGAUAAAAGAGCUGUUGCCAAAAUACAUCCUGGAUUUCUCCCUCUUUGCCUACCCCCUUCCCAACAUAACCAGCGAAUUCUGCAGGCAGUGAGUUGUUCACUCCGGGAUCCAGUGUGAAUUCUGCCUUCGCUGCACGGAUUUGCUAACGCAGCCGUCGCUGCGAAUAACGCGUUGCCGCAGGGCCCGUGAAACAUGCUCUUCUAUGCAUUAUUUCCUAAUUUUAUACUUUUCAAACGCUGUUUAUAUAAAAUAUUACACAUUGCCUUUGCUACUAGAAUACUUUUUGUAUUGUUCUGAUUUUAACGUGUACAUACGCCGCUGACUUGAGCACAAUAGCUUUUGUAUAUCUAUUUCGCUUUAAAUUCUUUUUUAUGACAGGACAUGAAAAACGCCUGUAAGGAAGUUGAGAAAUGGAUAUAUUUUAAGUAUUUUUUCCUCCUUUUUUGUGUUUUGUACUAAAUAGCGUGCGGCUGAAUUGCAGUCAUAAUGUAGUGGUUGAUGCGCUGAUAAAAAUAUAGUGGCUGAUGCGAAAAAUUAGCGCUGUUAAAGCUGGUCCUGGAUUAGACGGGAGAUAGUUUUUUGGGUAUGAGUAGAAGAAAAGGCUUUUAUAAACUAGGCCCUAUUUAUCCUUUAUUUUCUCAUCUGUAGAUGGUGAUUAAAUGAGACUGGUCUUUUUUUUUGUGACAGUAGUACCUCUGUUUUUUAUUAUUAUUAUUAUUAAUUAUUAUUAUUUACCAUUGAAAUAAAACUAGUGAUAGGAUAAUAGUCACUUUUGUGCGAUUUUAAGAUUUGAAAGUAACAACUAUUUACCCAGCAUAACAUAUGAGGUGCAAUAUCGAGCCAUAACAAUUUGCUCUUCUCUCCCUCUCUUUGAAUUAAAGCAAUACAGACUUCUGAUAAGAUCAAACCCCAUCCUGGUUCCUAGGACAAAAAGCAACAAAAAACCCCACCCACAGCGUGCCAGCUCACAGCCUCGGUGGGUGUCUGCGUGCCCACGUGCGUGCAAACCACCGUGGAAAAACGCUUUCUCCGGCCAUGUUUGAAACAAUGGCGAUUUGAGGAUUAGUUCUCCCUUCUUUUAUAGAGAUGCGCACGGUUUUUGUAGCUACUUGUAUUUAAUUAUGGCUGUUAAACUGUAAAAGUUUGGGAGAUAAUGUAGAAUGUUGUUCCUGGGAGGCUGUGUCCUCAUUUCUAAUAAAGUUUUUGUAUGAAUUA